AUGCCACGUAAGCUACGUAAGAAUAUACGUAAGAGGAAGGGAGCAUUGAAACAUCCAAUAGUAAAACUGACACCACAACAACAGUUGCAACAACAAAUGAUGAAUGACCCCACUAUGUUGCAACAAAUGUCAAGCAACCCUAUGCUUUUAAACCGAGUUAUUGGUGCACAGAGUGGAGGUUUAAGAGCGGCACUUUUAGCGAAAAUGGCAGGCUAUGGUGGAGCUGCAGACGGAACAGCUUAUAACCCUCAAAGUCAAAUGAAUUUGAGUUCACUCAAAAAUCAAAUAACAUAUGUCAAAAAGUCAAACAUAGACAUACAGAAACAAAUAAGUGAAAACGAAAAGAAACUAGAAUAUGACAGACAGACAAAGAAACUAAAUGAGUUAAACGUAGAGAAAAAGAAGAAAGAAGAACAAC